UCAGGUAUUGUUGCCUAUGUCAUCAGCAUUUUCCGAGUACAACACUUCUGUUGAAUGAGAAGGACAUCUUACACAAUGGAUGAAUGCUGCCUUCUCUAUCUGCUCCUGAUCCUCUUGAUGACAUCGGGUGACGUUGAAACCAUUCCAGGUCCUAACACUGCAGAAAGUACUGUCAGUGAAAUGGAGUUCCUGAAGCUGGCCCAGGAAAUCGAUCCGUCUUUCUACUACAAUGUAGGGAUAUCUCUAGGGUUCUCCCAUGCUCAGCUAAAGGCAAUCCUGAUUGAGAAUUUGAAUAACUUCAAAAAUGCCUUUAUGGAUGUCUUUAUGAAAUGGAAUGUCAAGCAGCAACCUACACACUCAAACAAACGACAGCUGUUGGCAGACAAACUACAAGAGAUUGACUUGGGUGGUCUAUCCAACAGAUUACUCAAUGGACCUCCAAUUCCAAACAGCACAGGAGGGCCAUCAAGAAUGCCAGAAUCACAGACCAAACCUCCUUCAGCUGAAUCUCUGACCAAACCACUUUCUCCUGAACUGGUUGAGGAAUGUGCAAGGGAUUUCAGGUUUAAGUACAGGUCAACUCUAUGUAAGAUCAGAGCUGAUCCUCUCAAGCCUUCUUCUCAUGUGGGUUUUGAAAAACUAUACACAAGUCUUGUAUUGUUAGAAGAGGAUGGAACCAGCAAGCAAACAAUAGAUUAUGACAAUUUUAUUGAUCUCAAAGUCAAUGGAGAGUUCCCCAAGAGGAUCAUGGUUCAGGGAGAGGCAGGGGCUGGAAAAACUACAUUUUGUGCUAAGAUAGCCUGGGAUUGGAUUGAAGGGAGGCAUUACAGUCACUUUGUGUGGGUCUUGGUUGUUCCUCUACGUGAAUUUAAGCAACACAAUAUUGGUGAGAUUGCAAAGUCUUAUCUGGCCCAAAACAAUCAAGCAACGGUUUCUCAGAUUACUGAUUACAUCCGGACAAAUCCUGACAAGGUAUUCAUCGCAUUCGAUGGACUAGACGAAGUGCGUGGAGAAAUCAUGAAGACAAAAUCUCACCAAUCACAGCCAAGUGUCAUCUCCUCAGAGGCAUGUGGAAGCUCAUCUGGGACAGGUGAUAUUGGACUUGUAGAUAUCCUUUGUUCAGAUCAACUUGCCUCUUGCCCAGUCUUGGUGACCACUCGCCCAUGGAGAGCAGUAGAUAUUAGAAGAGAUGGUGAUCUAAUUAAGCCCUACUCGUUCAUUCAUGUUAAUGGUUUCAGCAGAGAGAAUUUGUCAGUAUACAUUCACAAAUACUUCCCAAAGAAUAGUGAUAAAGCAAAUCAGCUUAUCCAGUUCACCAAUGAUAAUGAUGUCAUAUCUGAAAACAUGGCCCACUAUCCUAUAUAUGUAGCCAUGUUGUGUCUUAUGUGGAAAGAACUUGAUCAGCAAAAACUAAAGGAAAUGAAAUCACUGAAAACUUUUUCUCAAAUAUUCAAAGAAAUGAUUGCCUUUCUAAAAGAACAUUAUGCUCAGAAAGAGGUGAAGAAAAUAGGCAGCCCCUCACUUCUUGCCUAUCUGAAACAAAUUGAUGAGCUCCUUGGACCAAUUGCCAAACAGGCUCUCACUGGUCUGCUAGAAAAUACUUUGAUUUUCAGUGAAGAUGAUUUCCAAAUAUGCCUAGAAUCCAAGGACAUUGCCUGUCGGGUCGGGAUUUUGUCUCAGGAGGAGAGAAUUACAGCUGACAUAGAUGCACAUGAGAGGAAUUCUCAUGUGCAAUUGCCAGUCUUCUUCCCUCACAAACUGUUUCAGGAGUACAUGGCCGGAAUCCAUCUUGCUUUCCUGUAUGAAUCAGAUCGCACUGAAUUCAACAAACUGAUUGAGCAAGUAGUGCUGCCUAGUAAGGAGGAGUUUAGGUAUCUCCUGUACUUCACUGUGUCACAGAACAAAAGUAUUGCAACCCAUGUAAUGAUGUCUAUGCUACAGGGAAUAGACAUGAAUAGUGGGGCUUCAGACAAACAGAUACAUUUCAUUGUUGAUGUAGCCUUUGAGAGUCAGAACCCAGAUGUAGCAGAUUUGGUGAGGGACAGGGUUUCAACACAGGCAACGACGCUGAUCAUAUCCAGAGGCAUGAGGGCACACACUGUAGCUGGUUAUGCAUUCAUUGAACCACAUGUGGUUGAACUCUGUAUUCAGAGAGAAUGUGGACCUACCACGUCACUUGAUGUGGCAGAGAUGAUAUGCUCCAUGCCAUUCUUGAAGAUUGUUUCUCUUGAAGAUAAUUUCCAUCAUUUUUUGUUUGCAACACUUGCAAGGAAAGGAAAAGAAUCAAAGGUCCAGACUCUCAGGCUUGAUGAUCUCAUGUGUACCACACAAGCCUCAUCACAUCAUCUAGUAGAAGCACUGUGUUCCAUGCCAAACCUGACUGACCUAACACUUGGAAGGAAUCUCACAGAGGAGUUCUACUCCAUAUUGAAAGCAAAGGCAUCAUCCAUACAGGUCCAGACUCUCAUGCUUGAUGAUCAUAUCCGGUUUCACACACAAGCCAAACAUCACCUAUUAGAAGCAGUGUGUUAUAUGCCAAACCUGACUGACCUAACACUUGGAAGGAAUUUCACUGAGGAGUUUUACUCUGGAUUGAAAGCAAAGGCGUCAUCCAUACAGGUCCAGACUCUCAAGGUUCAUGAUUCCCAGUAUCCCUCACCUGCCUCAUCACAUCACCUAGCAGAAGCACUGUGUUCUAUGCCAAACCUGACUGACCUAACACUUGAAAUGUAUCUCACUGAGGAGUUCUACUCUGUAUUAAAAGCAAAGGCAUUAUCCAUUCAGGUCCAGACUCUCAAGCUCAAGCAUAUCCAGUACAGUCUCACACAAGCCUCAGCACCACACUUAGUAGAAGCACUGUGUUCUAUGCCAAACCUGACUGACCUAACACUUAGAAUGGAUGAUAUUGAGGAGUUUUACUCUAUAUUGAAAGCAAAGGCGUCAUCCAUACAGGUCCAGACUCUCAAGCUUGAGAAUAUCCAGUACAGUCUCACACCAGCAUCAGCACCACACUUAGUAGAAGCACUGUGUUCUAUGCCAAACCUGACUGACCUAACACUUGGAAUGGAUUACACUGAGGAGUUCUACUCUAUAUUGAAAGCAAAGGCGUCAUCCAUACAGGUCCAGACUCUCAAGCUUGAGAAUAUCCAGUACAGUCUCACACCAGCAUCAGCACCACACUUAGUAGAAGCACUGUGUUCUAUGCCAAACCUGACUGACCUAACACUUGGAAUAAAUUACACUGAGCACUUCUUCCCUGUAUUGAAAGCAAAGGCGUCAUCCAUACAGGUCCAGACUCUCAAGCUUCAUCAAGUCCAGUAUCCCUCACCAGCCUUAGCACAUCACCUAGCAGAAGCACUGUGUUCUAUGCCAAACCUGGCUGACCUAACACUUGACUUGAAACUCAACGAGGUGUUCAUCUCUGUAUUUAGAGCAAAGGUAUCAUCCAUACAGGUCCAGACUCUCAGGCUUUAUGAUUACCUGUAUGAGUGUCCCACACAAGCCCCAUCACAUCAUCUAGCAAAAGCAGUGUGUUCUUUGUCAAACCUGACUGACCUAAAACUUGACAUGGAUAUCACUGAGGAGUUCUUCUCUGUAUUGAAAGCAAAGGCAUCAUCCAACCAGGGUUGUUUUCCUCAAAUCAGGAAGGGAAACUUCAGAUUCAAUGGAAUUGCUCUAAACUUUGACACAUUUCUUCACGCCCUCCCAUGUUUGCAAAGAUCAGCCGACUUGAGCAACUCAAACAUUACACUACCACCAUCAGACCACCCUCAACAGCAAUCCAUGGGUGAUGUAAACUAUCCAAAAUGGACAUUAUCACCACCAGACAACCCUCAACGGCAAUCAAUGGGUGAUGCACACUAUCUAAGAAGGAUAUUGCCACCAUCAGACCACCCUCAACAGCCACCCAUGGGCAAUGUACACUCUCCAUAAGAAGGACAUUACCACCAUCAGACCACCCUCAACAGCCACCCAUUGGUGAUGUACACUAUCCAAGAAGGACAUUACCACCACCAGACCACCCUCUACAGCAACCCAUUGGUGAUGUACACUAUCCAAGAAGGACAUUACCACCAUCAGACCACCCUCUACAGCAAUUCAUGGCUGAUGUAAACUAUCUAAGAAGGACAUUACCAUCACCAGACCACUCUCAACAGCAACCAAUAGGUGAUGUACACUGUCGAAGAAGGACAUUACCACCAUCAGACCAUCCUGAAAUUCCAGAGAAGCAAGCAAAGUAAGCAGUCUUGUUGCCAUGGUAUAGGUAGAGUAAGAAAGUGUCCCAGUGGUAACAAUUAAUCUUGACUUUGUGUAUGUAUGAUACGGAUACAUUAUGCCUGUGUAUAAAAGGUGACAACACCAGGGACAAGUUUGUAUAAUGAUAAUAACGGUGGCUCGUGAUAUAGUGCACAUGCCGUCAUGCCAUGACAGUUCUGGCGCUCAAAUAUUAAUAUUAUUACCCUGGUCCUAGGCGGCGGCCAAAUGUGUAGCGUUCGGCAUAUCGGGUGACCAUUUGUGGAGAGUGGCAAAUGUGGAUUAAUGCCUUGUCAAGGAUGUUAGGGCAUUAGACAAUUCUAUAGUGCAUGUACCAAGUAUAUGUGUAUUGUAGACUUACCAUUUUGUUUUAGGUGAUUUGCAUGCAAUGUAUGAAAUACCACUCAACUGGAGUUUUGAGUUUAAAGGGAGUGGAUCGCCAGUUUCCAUGUGCAGAAGGCCAUAAUUCGCUGACACCAGACUUGGUGGAAAUACCAUUAACGGGGGUACAAAUUUGCACACAGCAAACCCAUAG